AUGUUCGGCUCAUACGGAGCUCUCAGGCGCCUCGACAGGCCUCUUCAUAAAGUGCCGCGGGGCUGUGGCCGACAGCUGGGACUUCGAAUUCAUAUGCAGGGCUGCUCUGUACCUCCGGCUGGCCUUCUUGAUGCCUUACUAGAAAGCCAUCCGUUCCUGUCUUACCUUCCCAUAGUUGACGAGCGGACGGACGAAGAGAGGCUUGCGGAUGCCAUCACAGCAAGCGGUUACCCAGGCAAGAAAGUCCUCUCCUCAUUUGAGCACAACGCUGUUGCUGCCAAAGUUGCAUCUAGAACGGAUGUGUUUAUUCUUGGAUCUGGAGAAAGGUGUUCUUUUGGCCUCAAAGAGCCUGCGGCGGAAGGUUCGGAAUUUCCUCGUCGGGAAAACUCGCCUGAAGGACCUCCCGCUGAGACGCUUGCUCCGAACUACCCCGGCGCGCAGCAGGGUACGCAACAAGCUGGCGGCGGAAGCCCUUGCCCUGAAGAUGUGCACCUACACAGUUUUGAAGUUUGGGCUCCCCUGUGCGAAAUCGGGAAUAUAAAGCUUCUACCUUUGAAGACGCCUACGGCGGAGACAGGGACUUCAUUUGAGGCUGAAAACAGGAAAGGUGCGCCUGCUCCUGCGGUGUCGGAGGCUGUGGCGUCGCUCGGCUCCUCUCCGCGGAUCGGGGAAGCGAGCACGCAAUACAAGGACCUCUGCCUUAUCGCAGGAGAAGUUGGUGUGUCUGUUGGCAGAGUGUAUACCAGUCUGACAGCGUUCACGGAUGCAGACUCAGCUGGCACUGCGCAGCUCACAGCCACUCGGCUGCUUCUACGCAAAGCGGGGUAUGAGCUUUUGGAUUUAGGAAUGCAUUUACCCUACAAAGCAUCUUUAGGUGCGAAGCCGCUGCCGCGGGAAGUUUUUCUUGAGUGGUUUCGACGGCUUCGCGACCGAAAAGCUGAGCCGCUUGACGUUACAAUGCAGCAUUGCUACGAAUUAGCAGAGGCCGCAGCCAAGCCACAACCCAAAGCCGCGGAACAACCAGAGGGACAAUGGCCUGGGGGAAUGGAUAAAACGUCUCACACAGACUCUAACGAGCUUAUCGAUGACCUGUCACCAUCAGCGGCGGAAAAAGUGAACAGACAAUGCGUGCCUCCAGGCUUUGUUCGAUGUGUCGACCUCUUUAGGUUGCUCGAAGGGUCAUAG